AAUAUUGCAGCAAAAUGAACAAGCAGUUAGAUAAAAAGAAAGAUCAUCUCUACGUCAUCAGAGCUAAAGAAUUAGCAAAUCAUUAUCUUGGAUUCAAUGGCUGGACGACUGAAAUUGUCAAAUUUGAGCCUCAUGAAGUGUCUGAGACUGAUGCACUGGAAGCUGAUGACAACAACCAGGAAAGAGUCGAGUAUGUCUGCGUGCUGCGCCUAAAAGUACCGGAACAUGGAAUUGCCGUGGAGGGCGUUGGGAUAGGAGAUGGAACCUGGGGAAGAAAGGUCUGAUUUACUGGUCAAAACACGCGAUUCAGCAAGUUCCAGUAAACGGAAAUCAGGUCGGCCAUCAACAUGAGGCAUUGAAAAAAUGUCAUUAUUAUGAUGAAGAGCCUACCCUGCCAAGGCUCAUCGAUUUGCAAGGCCAAGAAAUAUGCCCACCAGAGGGCGUUUGAGACGGCAUUUAGCAAACUCUUACUGGUGGUGCUGGCGAAUGGGAAAGUGUUUGUGGAAGUGGAUACAAGAAAGAUGUCGCCGCUGGACCAUAUGACCAAGUUGGAUAUGGACAAUCUGUUAGAGGUGAAGGAUUUGGAUGCAGCGCCCCCUAGUGAUGAAGACGAAGACUGUGAUUGACAACACUGCAGAUUUGGAUGAUGUGAAUGUACAGGUCUUGGCCCAGUUGCAUAACAGUUGAAAUUUUCCAUCAGUGGCAGUUUUGUCACAUUCACAGUACCGGUAAUCCAUUUCAACGGUAAUGGUGAAUGAAAGCGCUUGUGCUGAUCUGUAUUUGAUCCCACUUGAUCGCCACUUGAUCAGCCGUGAUCAAGAUCAAGAUAUAGUGGACCUAUGACAUGGCAAAUGUAUUAUUACCCAUCGGUGGAUUGCAUUAGGUGCACCCCGCUGUCGUCGGAGUGAGGACUUUUCAGGCGCCUCUACACUAAAAGCAUAAAGUACUUCUAUUUUUGCCCUCAAAUGCCUGAAAAAAGUGUGUCAUUAUCAUCGAGUCUGUUAGUGCAACUACUGCCAGACAUGAUUUGGUCUACUGAAAAUCGGUUUAAAAUUGGGUUGCUGUGUUGCAUCAAUGUUUUCAGCCGUCAGUUCAUGUCACAAUGCAAUGCUCGUCUCUCCAUCAUUCAUGAUUCAGUGUUUGAUGAGCCAAGCUCUGUAACUUUUGUAUGACGUAAAUUCCAAAUGAUUACGGUAGGUUUAUUGAAAAUCCAGUUUGACAGAUUGCAAGAUUGAGUGGCAAUUAACUUGUAUAUUCAGUCGCAGAUGUCAUUUAAAGAGAAAAUAGAUUGGAAUGCACUGCAUUUCAUUACGGUGGUCACACUGAGUAUUUAUAACGACCCAGAAAUGUCCAUGGCUGGCCACUCCAGCAAAAAAUCAACACUGGUCCAUGUCAUCCUGAUCCUCAUGUGUAUAAGUCACCACUAUCGGGAUCCACAAAUGGGUGAGUGACUCGGCCAUCUCAAAACCAUACGGGUCAAGAUGGGUCCAUUGAGGCCGCCAUUUACAUGGAGUGACAUCACAUGAUGGUCUAUCAUACCAGCAGUCAUUAAUCAUAACAUUGCAUAAGAAGUAAAGUUAUUAUUAUUAUUUAUUUUAUUAUUAUUUAUUUAUUAACCUCCCAUAUGGGAGAAUAAAAUUUACAAGUACAAAACAUAUAAGUAUAUAAUAUCACAGUAUCACACAGUCAUUAUUUACAAGUUAAAAUCGCGUAAGGUGCUUGACCAUUUCCAUCUCCCGGCCAUUAACACUU